AUGUCGAUGGCCGGCCUGAGGUACUGCCCAAGCAGUCCCUCAGGACCAUUGGAGACAAAGAGUGGAGCCUACGUGUAUAGUGGAGACCCAUCCCACUUUCACGAAUGGCAAUUCAGAACCCUUCUUCGUGUAGAACUCUGCAAGAAGAAGAUGGAACAGAAGGCCAAGGAAAAGGCCAAAGAAGCAUCCAGUUCCCCGGUCAGCCCUGCUAGCAGUGGCCGGAGGAGACGUGAGCCGACAGAAGCGGCUGAGCAAGAGGAUGCUGAAGAGACUGCUGCUGAAGUGUCGCCUCAAGCCCCUUCAGGUGAGCAUUCAGCUGGACUUGGUGGUUUUGCUUCACCCCGUAGUCAAGAGGAGCACGAUCUGUUGGACGUGUCCCCAUAUGUGGAGCUUGUCACUAAGGUCAUGGAAGGUCUUCGAGGUGAUGCAUUUCUGAUGGCAAAAGACUUGGGUCUGAACGCAUUGAUGGAUGUUGGACCUCCAACCGGACUGGAAUUGCUGGUGGAGAAAAUCAAGGAGCAUGUGUUCCCCUUGAGGUCACAUGAAGCAAGGGAGCUUUUCAGGCUUGGACAGCAGGCCAAUGGCCCCCUCAGCCGACAGUCUGCAGAGACGAUCUUGUCCUUCAUUGGAAGGAGGAAACGAUGGUGGAUUCAGCUUAAGGAGCUCGACCCAGAGAUGGCAAUUUCCACCCAGAUGCGAGCUGAGCUUCUCCUUGAGACAUCAGGCCCAAGCCGUCAGGAACAACUCAUGGUCAAGACUGCCUGCCCAAAGCCUAGCUUUGAGGGAUAUAGCGAGAUCUUGUUGGAACACCAUGGAAGGAUCCAUUUGAGGGAUUCAAGAAACUUGGCCCCUCCUUCAAGGCCCUUUCAACCGAAAGGAGCAGGAAAGAACAAAGGAAAGGGGUGGUAUCGAUCAGGCUACAUUGCAGGUGAGUACAACGACCAUGGAGGUGAUGAAGCAGCAGAUGAUGGAGAUGACUACAACUGGAAUGAGGACUACGACAAUGGAGCCUACGUUGGGUAUGGUGAUGAGCCCAGUACAGAGGACCCAGAUGAUUGUGACUGGGUGUCAGAUGAAGACCUUGGCAUUGCCCUGACAGCCAUGGCAGCCUGUGACAUGGACGAGACUUCAACAGAAGGUCUUGAGGAACUUGGAGAGGCAUGCCAACACCAGUUGCAGGCCUACGCUGCUGUAGGACGUCAAACGCCGAGCCAAGGAAAAGUUGGCUAUCUGGCCCUGAGUGAUUCCUCAGGAGAUGAUGACUUGCCUUGCGUUGUCAUCGAAGCAGGAACCAAGAAGAAGUCGCGAGAGAACCCAAUGGAUGACAUGAGUCUUCCAGCAGGGAGCGAUCAUGUCUUUACGUUUGGACAGCACAAGGGGUACACGUACCAUGAGGUGUUGAUGCAGUACCCUGGGUAUUAUGUUUGGGGUCGCAAUGAACCAGGAACGUCAAGAAUCCUGAACCAGUUCUUGGAUUGGGUUGAUAUGUACUAUGAUGUUGACCAUGGUACUCUCCAAGUAACCCCAAAAGUAGCCCCAGAAGCAGUGCAACCACGACCAAGCCCAGUGCCUGGAUCGAAGCACAAGACUGCAGCCAGAAAACCUCCAAACCCUCCUGUGGAGAUCCCUGGCCACGUUUGUAGGGACUUCAUGAGAUGGGGAAGCAAUGCCUAUGUUGAGAAGAAGACAUGUAGGGAAUGUGGUAAGGUCACAGUUACCCCAAAGAACCCAACAUAUGCCCAUGACCCUGAAACAUGCACUCAUGCAGUCACUGACAAAAGGGGAUCGACCAAGAGCACCAGCAGAACGUUUUGUCUGCUGUGUGGAACCCAUGUGGACGAGAUGCCACGUGAUGAAGGAAAGCGCAGGGAAGCCUUGGGAAGGGCUGUGAGCCAGUCUGCUGCACCCUUGGUUGACCUGGCAGAAGAUCUGUUGAAGUAUGAAAGGUUGGAACUCCUUUUGAACACCGAAGAUACAGUGGCUGUGAUGCACCAAUUUCAACAUGACUGUGAAAUUGAGUUGGAACACGACCACCACAUGCGUGCCAGCGUCAUGGUUGACAUCUUGCGCAAUGCCAUUGAGGCCGUGAUGGAAGCCAGAGAGACGACCCAUGCAGCCUACAUGGCACUGUCCCCUUUGGAGGACGAGCUGGAGUGUGAUGCACUUCCUGUGGUUGAUGUUCUCAAUGAUGAGCACGUUUGGGGUGUGUUGGACGAAGGUUGCAACUCAACUGUUUGUGGACAUGAUUGGAUGGAAUCAUGCAAAGCCAAGUUGAAGAAGAUUGGUUUUGAUGCAGCCAUGCAGUCAGAAGAACAAAAGGCAUUCAAAGGUCUUGCAGGCAAUGUACGCACCAAAGGUCGGUACAGAAUCCCAUUUGCACUGGAACCUGAAGGUGGUAAGAAGCUGCCAUGUGUUUUGGAAACGUAUGUGGUUGGAGAGCCAGGUGACCCCACACCUUUGUUGCUGUCACAACAUGCUCAAGCAGCAUUGGGUUUGGUGAAGGACAUGGCAACAUCCACAUGCACACUUGGUAGGAAUGGACCCACCUUGAAGUUGCACAGAACCAAGGAUUCAGGACUUUUGUGUGUUUGCCUUAGCAAGGGUUUGAUCAGCAUGUCGUUCAGACAAACACCAACGCAGAUCAGGGAGUUGAGAACCCCUGACAACAUGGCAUAUGUCAGCACGACUCCUCGCACCAUGGCCCCUUCUGGACAGCAGGUGCUGAUCUACACUGCAGGGAAGGACUUUUGCCCUCCAUUGGAUGCUUACUGCAACGAUCCAUCAGCGCGCAACUUGGAGAGACUUUGCCAGAACUUUGGUCUGGGUGACAGGGAAGUCUUUGUGGUUGACACCCUGGAGCUUGGAGACCCUCAUCAUGACAAGAGUCUGAGGAGUCACAUUGGAACUCAUCCUGACAUUCUGGCAGGGCUUGUGCGCAAUGAUUGGACGAUGCAGGUCAUGCAUGCCUUGGUGAGACGAGUCAAAGAGGCAGUUGAUGAGAACAAGGCUGUUGCAGUGAUAGCCUACUGCAGAAGAAACCGACACAGGAGUGUGGCCCUGGGUUGGUUGGUUUCAUGUGCCUUGGAGUUCUUGCAGGUCAGUUGCAGUUUGACACAUGCAAAUGCUCGAACCAGUUGGCAACAGAUGUCAGGUGGAUGUCGUGGCAGAUGUGAGCACUGUCAACAUGAGAAUGCAGAUGCCAAGACCGAAGCAGAAGAUCAUGCAGGGAAGUUGUGUGAUCUGGCUCGUUGUGAGAUGACCGAGAAAGACAUGGCUGUGCUGGAUGAUGUCUGUGAGGUGAGGGGUAUUGGAUUGGCACCAGUACCAAAGGCAGCACCCUCAGCACCAGCACCGAGAGCGCCGAGACCCAGAGCGCCUCCUGAGCCAUCGAGGGUGUCUUCAGCGAGUGCUGCAGCACGACCUGCCCCUGCAUCACGACCACCACCGAUGACACCACCAAGAAGAUCAUCACCAAGGAGGAGGACACCGACACCACCGAGAAGAUCGAGGUCACCACCCAAAGAGGGACAGCAAACAGAGGCCUUGAUUGCAAGGAUCAGUGAGCUGACCACAGUGGUAUCUCAGUUGGUUGCUGAGAGAGACCAAGCACGAGCUUCAGCAUCUUCGACAUACAGGAGCCGACGAAGCAGAAGUGAUUCCCGGGAUUCAAGACGACGUGGUCGAUCAAGGUCCCCCAGGGAAAGUCGGUAUGGUGAAGCGCCUUGGCGUCGAGAGGUGUCAUACCGACGACCAAGGACGCCACCGAGACCACCUCCAAGACGAAGUCCAUCACCACUUCCUCGUCGACGACCUCCAGCAAGACAGAUGAGCGUUGAGUCAGUGAUGGCUGGAUGGCCAAGUCAUUUGGACUUGCCUGCCAGGGAGGAUGAUGGAACCUCCUGGAACAAGCGAGUUGAUGCCCACGGUCUUUCUGUGGAGCUGUUGGACGCCAUGUGGUAUGCAGCUGCUGUGGACCACCAGAGUGGCUACAAGCAGAAAUGCCUGCGCUGGAUUGGCCCUUACUUUCCAGGUACAACAGCUGAAGAGAGAAAGGUGCAGAUCGUUGAGCAGAACAACAUGGCUGCGAACGUGAAGGUCGCAGUGCUUGGGCCAGACUACAUUGGGAUGUGCUUGCAAGAGGAAACAUCCAGUGUGAAAGGUCUCAGGAAAUCUUGGGCAUCACCUUCAAUGAGAGUUGAAGGAUGGAGUGUCACCAUCUAUGACUACAUUGACAGAAGCUGGACUGUUGAUGGAACGUACCCAGUGGAGUCUGAACUGGAGUAUCAACAUGAGUCCACUGGGAGGAUCUUGGUGUAUGCUCCCACAAGGGAAGCUGAGACUACACCACCUGAUGACCCAGGUGAUGCAGGUGACGCAGGUGACAACGGUGACAAUGGAGAUGGCAACAAUGAAGGAGAUGGCCAUGAAGAUGGACAAGAUGAAGAACAGAAGGAAAACGAUGAUGUCGAAGAGAUCACAGAUGAAAGCACGCACCUUGCUAUGGCAGAGGAUGGUGGAGUAGAAGAAACCAUGGAAACCCAAGAACCCAUGGAUGUGAUUGAGGAAGUUCCCACAGCACAUGCUGCAGUAACUGCCCCAAAAGAGGAAACUCCUGAACAGAAAACCCCUGAACUUAAGGCUUUGGGAGUAGUUGAGGGGACCCCUGAAAAACUUGCAAUGCCGCACUUUGCCAAGGCCUUGACGAUGCAUCCCAGCAAAUACAUCGAUCUCAACAGCGACGAUGACCACGAUCCAAGUGGUGCUACUGGAUCAGACGCAGUUGCGACUGCAGUGAAGCUAGAGGUGAAAACAGAGCAUAACCCAUGUGCGCUGUUGGGAGCCUUGAUGUCCAGUGAGUCAAGGGUGAUGGACAAGAAAGACAAAAGUGUGGUAACCUCAGGGUUGAAGAUCAUGCAGCAUGAGGAUGAAGUCAUGAAAGCUAUGGUUGGGAUUUCCCAUUUGCAAGAAUCGGUUCACAUGUUGGUUUUGAAAGAUCCCACAAUCAAUUUGUCCAGUUGGAACGAUGUCCAUGUCAUGACUGUUGACCCCAAUUGGGACGACACGUGCAAGAAGCUUGCAGCUAGGGUCUCAUCCCAGAGUCCUGGACUGGUUGCAGUGUACAUGGAAAGCCCCACUUGGAAGCAGAUCCAAGAUGUCCAUUGUGAAGCCGACAUGAACCAAUGCACGGUUGUGGUUUUCACCCCAUACCUCGAGAGCCUGGUUGACAAGGGUUAUUGCUUUGGGGGUGAUCUGUGCCUGUUUGUUGCAGGAGACCGCAACGAUGCACUGUUCAGGCUGGCAGUGGAUUGGAACGAGAGUCAAGAGAGCAUGGCACCAAGGACAUUCCAAGAUGCUUGUGGUAUGGAGUUUCAUGAGCUGUUGAAAGGUCAUUCAGAGAAGCUUUACCUAGAUAGGUACGCACAGACAUGUUUUGUUGGUGAAGCAAUGGAUGAGCAGUCUGGAUCGGAAGACCAGAUGCUGGAUGAUCCCAACAAGCCUCUGACUCCAGCAGAGAAUGAGCAACUCAUUUUGGAUCAACUUGCAAUCCCUGGAGCCCCAUUGGAUGAGGCCCAGAGGAGAGCACAAUGGAGAGCACUGCCCACUCGAACUAGGAUUGCCAUCCGACGUUUGCACAGGCAAUUUGGCCAUCCUACACCUGCUACCUUGAAGAACAUCCUGAAGGCAGGAAGGGCAUCUCCAGAGCUGAUUGAGGCAGCUCGACUGGUGAGGUGCCAGGCAUGUGAGGACACCGCAAAACCCCCAAGGGAUCACCCAGUAGGAAGUCAUUUCAACUAUGAGUUUAACUCUAUGUUAGGUUUUGACGUUUUGGAAAUGAGGGAUCAUUUGGGGAACAAGUACUCAGUGAUGUCGAUGGUUGACAUUGCAACAGGUUUUCACAUGUGCGAAGUUGUCAAGGAAGGUGGAGGACAGCCUACUUCAGAGGCAUGUGCCAAGGCAUUGAUGACCAAGUGGAUUGCUUGGGCUGGCUGGCCAAAAGCAUGCAUCAUGGAUCGAGGCCUACACAACCGAGGCGCAGUGACCAAGAUGCUAGCCAGUCAUGGGUGUAACAUUGAGUUUGCCCCUUUGGAAACCCCAGCAGCAAUAGGAAAGGUAGAACGUCAUGGGGGUAUCCUGAAAGCAAUGGUCAGGAAAGUGGUUGCUGAUACUGAAACAGCAGGACUUGCAGACUUUGAGAUGUUGCUGCAAGAGUGCACAUCCACAAAGAACAGCAUGCAGAGAACGAAUGGUUACAGCGCAAGCCAAUGGGUUUUAGGAAAACAACCACGUAUGCCGGGCUCAGUCACAGACAUGUCAGAGAGCGCUGACUUGGGUGUGAUUGAAGCGAAGACAGAUCCAACUGUGGCGUAUCACAAGGUGCACGCUGCAAGAAUGAGUGCGCAGAGAGCCUUUGUCCAUUUGGACACAAGCAACAGGGUUGCACGUGCGCUGACACGCAAUGCAGCGCCCCAGCACAAAGAGUACCUAGUAGGUGAUUUGGUUUGCUAUAGGAGGGACGCACAACAAGGUGGCACAACAUGGAGCACAGCAUCCCGUGUGAUUGGCCAUGACCCCCACAAUGGUUUGUGGCUGUUGCACGAGGGAGUUCCAAUUUUGUGUAGCACAGCGCGUGUGAGGUCUGCCAACGAAAGCGAGGCCCUGGCUUUCUCCAUCUUGAAUGGGGAACCUGUGCUGCCAGACGCCAUUGUGUCCGGCCCUCAACAACAGAAGUACAUCCAUCUUGAAGAUGAACAACAAGGACCAAAGUUCCCAAACCCAGUUGGGAUCUUUAGUGAUGAUGAAGGAGCCCCUCAGGGGAGCAGUGCGCCGUCAAGAGCCCCAGCGACACCAGGAAGACGGUCGAAGACCAAAGAUAAGACGGGCCAAUCUGAACGACCUGGCCCGUACACACGAGCCGCACCAAUGACUCCAGGUGCACUGCCUGGUGACACGAUGUUGGCCGAGCUAGUGGAUGGAGACCACUGGCGCAUUUCAAAAGAUGUCGCGAUCAGAGUCCAUGCAGAGCCCAGGAAACGAGAGUACAACACGAUGGUUGAUGGUGAACUGCCAGAAGGUUUUCAGGACUCAGGUUUUGCAACAGUGAGAAAGAUCUUCAGGAAUGGGGAUGUAAAAACAAACGAAACGGGUAAAGUAAGUAAUGUAGAAGAGACAGACGCUUGGACCGGUUUCACCGUUUUUCGAAAGGCACAAGAUCCUUUCGAGCGCGCGCGAGCCAUGGAUCUGGAACUGGACUUAGAACCUCUGAGGUCCUUCAUUGCACAGCGCAUUGUGGAGGCCGAGGAGACGGUUCAAUCUGGGAAGGUGGCUAAAACAGUGGACAUCAGAAAGGUCUCACCAGAGAUCAGAGCCUUGAUGAUGGAAGCCCGAACUGCAGAGUGGGAGAAGUACAAAAGCUUCAACGCUGCAAUUCCCAUUUGGGGAAAGGAGCUUCAGAAUCUGCUGGAUGAAGGUCACAAGGUGAUACCAUCUAAAUGGGUUGAAACAGAUAAACAUGAACACCUUAAGGGAGCCCCAGAAUAUAGUCCCAAGAUGAAAGCUCGACUGGUGAUUUGCGGUAACUUCGAAGAUGUCAGUCGCGAGGAUGUGAGGUGCGAUGCUCCGACAGCAGAUGCGGAGUCCCAUUGCCUCCUGGCGAGCUGGGCAGCUUCAGAGAAGUUGCGUCUGAAGGGAAGCGAUGUGACAAAUGCCUAUUUUCAAGCAAAGCCACUGACGAGGUUGCUACUGAUGCGGCAGCCGACAGGUGGACUUGGAGAUCCAGAUGUGCCUGCAGAAGCGUGUUUGCUCUGUAGGGUGCCCAUCUAUGGUUCAAUCGAUGCAGGUAGAGGUUUCUACUUGCGCAUGGAUUCAGAAGUGAAGACAGCGGGUAUGAAUGCAUCAAAGGUGAUGCCUGCCCUGUACUAUCAUCAGGACGAAAACGGCGAACUGGAUGCGAUGUUAUGCACCCACGUGGAUGACCUAUUGUUUGCCCACAAGCCAAGUGGAGCAAAGGUAAUCGAGGAGAUCCUUGGAAAGUUCUCAGUCGGAAAGACUGAAGAAGGAAGCUUCAGGUACUGUGGACGUCGAUUUACCCAGCACGACGAUUUCACAAUCGAAAUCGAUGCUGAGGAGAACACCAGAGGAAUCAAGCCAAUUUGGAGUGAUAAGUCCCGUAAGGGAACUGACGUUGUCACGGAAAAGGAGCUGACAAGUCUCCGGUCAGUGACGGGAUCACUGGCGUGGGUCGCACGGUACUGUCGUGCCGACUUGGCAUACAAGGUGAAUGAACUGCAGAGACUUUGCAAUUCAAAGGCCACGGUGUCAGACUUGAGGCUGGCAAACAAGGCUGUUGAGCUGGCGCACCAGAAUCAGAACAUGAAGCUGGUGCACAAGGCCAAUUGGAUUGAUUGGAAGGAUCUUGCAGUGGUGACGUACAGCGAUGCGUCAUUCGCAAAUGAGCCUGGUUACAAGUCGCAGCAAGGCAGGACCCACCAUCUAACUACAGCUUCGCGUUUAACGGAGAAGGACCAUAGCAUCCAUGUGAUCGGGUUCGCUUCGUCAACAUUGAAGCGAGUGUGCCGAGCAACUUUGCAGGCCGAGUCGUAUGCACUUCAAAGUGCAGUGGAACACGGUGACCGUUUGAGAUGUGUCCUGUGUGAAUUGACCGGCAAGUUGGCCACGAUGACUGACUGGCACGAGCAAUGCCAGGUGAAGAUGAAACACGUUUGGGUGUCUGACUGCAUGAGUUUGGUCGAACAUCUGAACGCGGAAGUGCCGAAGAAAGUUCAAGACAAGAGACUCGGAAUCGAGCUCGCGGCACUGAGGCAGUCCUUAUGGACCGGGAAUGGCCAGAAGAGCUGCCAGGAGUAUGCGCCCUGCGGGGACGAGCUGUGGUGGACCGAGACCGCCAAGAUGCUAGCCGACGCUCUGACAAAGUCAAUGCGUCCGGACUUGCUGGUAAGAGUUGUACAGACUGGCCGUAAUUCGAUAGCAUGA